CAGCUCGUCGUGACAACUGGCUGUUGCCAGUGAUUUUUCUCUCAAUUUUGCAAAUCUUUCAUCGUCUUUGUUUCUCCCCGUGUGGAUUAUAAUUUUUUUGCUCAUCGCCAAUUUAAAGUGCCGUCAUUCCGAUAUUUUACGAUAUCUUAUCAACUUGUGGAUUUUUCAUUGUCGUGUGAAUUGGAUGUGUAGUCUUACUUUUAAUUUUUUGAAAAAUUGUAUAAAUAAUGAAUAUUUCGAAAGAUAUACAAAGUGAUAAGUGUAAGAAGGUCUAGCAAGAAACACAAAAUAAGAAGAAAAAAAAGGAAGAAAAAAUAUAAAAUUAGCUAAUACCUGUAAAAAGAUAAAAGUUGAUCGUUACAGCCUCUGCAGGUUGAGUAAUACGAGUUUUUGUGCUGCAAAAAAAAAAAAUAAUUGAAAGUGAGUUAAAUACACAAACAAGGCAGUAAAUGUAUUUACAGUGCAUUAGAAUAUGAGUAAUUAAGUGCAAGUGCUCAUUAAGUAUUGUCUUUGGAUAUAACAUACAACGAAGUGGAUACGAAAAGGAUACGAGACAUAACGAAAAGGAAGCUAAUUAUUGUCAUUUAAAAAAAAGUUCCAAAUGAGGUGUUUAGUUCUUUAAAAGGAAGUUCUAACACAGCAAUUGACCCUUAGACUAGAAAUUUUCACUUCCAUGUUACCACAAACAGUCGUGAGAAUUAACUGAAAACUGAUUAAUGAAUAUUAACAAAAGAAUUUAAUUAAUUUCUCAAUAUCAGUACAUAGACAAGUGUAGAAGAGAAAUAAGAAGACAUAAAUUUCAUUUAUGCUUGCACAAGCAAAACAUUCAAAAUAAAUUUGUUAAAAAAAAAAUUGGAAAUCGCAAUUUCAAGACCAUACAUACUGAAUACAUACAAGAGAGGAUUAAUAUCAAGUUAAGAGAAACCUUUUGUGAGAAAAUUUUUUCUCUAUGCCAUCUGAUAUCCAAUAAGCUUUCGUUUGAAACUAUAAACGAUCAAAAUAUAUAUAACAUUAAGAAUUAUUAUCUUAUAAUAAAGAAUAAAGUUUUAAAAAAAUGGGAAAUUCAUCGUCAUCACAUCAACCACUCGAGCGUGGUUUUACCAGAGGAGGUGGAGUGAGCAAUGGUGACAUCAAGAAUGUGAAAUCUUCAUCAUUUAGGACAAGCAAGCGAUUCUCGCCAAAGAAAAUGGAUCGACUACGUAAAUCAUUCCGUGAUUCAUUUCGAAGGCGCAAAGAUCGUGUUCCGGAAGCAUCAAAACCACAUUUAUGGCAAACUGAUGAACAAGAUGUACGUUCUGCAACAUGUGCAUUUCCAGUAAAGUAUCUUGGCUGUGUUGAGGUAUUUGAGUCACGUGGUAUGCAAGUUUGUGAGGAAGCAUUGAAGGUUCUUAGAAACUCUCGACGAAGACCCAUUCGUGGUCAAUUACAUGUGAGUGGAGAUGGAUUACGUGUUGUAGAUGACGAUACAAAAGGUUUAAUUGUUGAUCAGACAAUCGAAAAAGUAAGCUUUUGUGCUCCAGAUAGAAACCAUGAACGUGGUUUCAGUUAUAUUUGUCGUGAUGGAACAACACGCAGAUGGAUGUGCCAUGGAUUUUUAGCAUCAAAAGACUCGGGCGAACGUUUAUCGCAUGCUGUUGGCUGUGCCUUUGCCGUGUGCUUAGAACGUAAACAACGACGUGAUAAGGAGUGUGCUGUCACGAUGACUUUUGACAUGAAAAAUUCAACAUUUACACGAACUGGAUCAUUUAGACAGCAAACAAUGACUGAACGAUUGGUAGAUCCACCGUCAGCAGCUGUUGCUCCACAGCCAAAAUCAUCUUAUAAUCCAUUUGCUAUUGAACGACCACGUGCAACUCCUUCGAUGCUGGAACGUCAAGGAAGUUUUCGUGGAUUUACACAAAUUGGUGCUCAAUCUCCUUUCAAACGACAAAUGUCAUUACGUAUUAACGAUCUUCCAUCCAAUGCUGAACGUCAACGUGCAUUCCUUGAUACAAAUGCAUCACAGAGAUCUGCCGUCUCGCCAAUUCCAGAAGUGUCUCCUCAACCGACCGACACAGUCAGUGAACUUUGUAAAGAAUUAAGUCAAGGAUUAUCGAUGCUUUCAAAAGAUACUGAGAAUUUCUUAAAUUUUGAAAAAUUAGCAAAUGGAAUUAUUGGAUCAGGUUCGGUUAAUAUUCCAUCACCACCUUCAUAUCCAACAUCAGUAGUUGCAGUAGCUCCAUAUCGUCCAUUAAUGUCAUUGCAAAAUUCAUCUAUUCCGAUUGGAACAGCAACACCCAUUCAACAAAGUAUAGUAACAACCGAUACAUCAUUGUCUAUUACAGAAUCUUACCCAAGGGCAUCAUCGCCUGCUGUUAAUAAUUCUCCUCCAUCAUCACCACCACAAAAGAUUGUGUCUAUAGAAAUAGCUACACCGACGCCACUUCCGAAAGCCGAGCAAUGGUUAACAGAAAUUGUAAAAAAUGCAUCGCCAGCCCCAAAACGUGCAUCACCAUUUAACACGCAAUCUCGAUCGAAAUCUCUUGCUACAUCUGACCUAUUUGAUACACAAACAGGAGUGGGAGAAUGGGCUAAUACAUCAACAGUCUCAAAUCAAUCACAAGGCCCAACAUACCACAGCACUAAUCCCUUUAUAUCACCACCCAAACCUAUUCAACAGUCGUUUCAAGUUCAAUUGUAAGUUUCUUGUUUAGAAAGAAGCAUAAAAAAAAUUUAAUUAACAUACAGCAACUUACUUUGCAUACAUAUUAUGCUUGAUAUACUUAUCAAUGUCGCUUUAAAUCCAUGCCACAUAAAGUUUGUGAUAUGAAAAAUAAUAUAAUAAUAUUAAUAUUAAUUGAUGAAUAUAAAAAAUUUAAAUACUACAAGUAUUUGUGGCAGUCUGUUCAUGCGGAUUAAAAGAUAUUUUUUUUUUCAAUGUGUAUGGACUCAUAGCAUGUAAAUGAAUAUGAAAAGUAAAAGAAACUGAAAGUUAAAACAUGAAUGGGAUGUUGAAGAUGAUGUUGGGCCAAUCGUUAAAUUGACAUGAAGCAAGCAAUAUUAUUAAACUGUUUUAUUGAACCUCGAUCGAUGUGUUGUAGCUUAUUGAAAGAAGCAAAAAAAAGCCAUUCUACUGAAUAUGAAUGAAAUGAUGUGUAUUGUGUGUUGUGAGGAUGACGAAAUGGAAAGUUCAUUAUUGAAGGUAUAGAUGCGGUUCAUAUGUGAAUAUGAAUAGUAAAAGUGAUAAAUGAUUUAAAUAAGAUAGUAGAUAUUAAGCGUUGAGGAUAGUGCGAUACGUUGUUAAGCAUAAAAAAAGUAUAUACUAAUUGUAUUAAAACCAUUAUUUGAACUCUCAGUUCAAUGAAUUCUUUAACUAUAGUGAAAUUAACUAAUAAAGACAGAAAAAUAUCAUUAACUAAAGAGCUGUUUCGUUUUGCUGUAUUUCGACUUCCCUUCCGUGUUAACCUGAUGAUAGACUUACUUAUUACCUAAACUGCACAAAAUGAGACAUCAGAAUUGUUUCGCUUUUAAUCUUGUUUCAUUUAUCGAUUCCAACUAUAGUUUUAUGAUUAUUGUAAAUAGUCUUACUUAGUUUUACAAGACAUUGAACUUAUGUACUUAAUAAAGCAUAUAAUAAUGUGCAAUAGAAAGAUGAUCUUGAUUUCAUUUGAUGCACCAAUUAAUCAUAUAAAAAGUUCAAUAACGCAUUUGUUUACAAUGCACGCACGCACCGAAAUUCCACGCACUUAACAUACUUAGACUGCAAUUUAUUCUCAUACUUAGGCAGGAGAAAAAACAUUCAAUCUCGUCCAAUAGCUUCUGCUUCUCUUGCUGACUUUAUUUGUCAAAUGUCUAAAUAUUGCUGUUGUUUAAACAUCGAGAAUGUAUCGUAAAAUUUCUUCUUCGAGGACGCUACUCGAGAGUAAACAUAAUUUGCAUAUCUGUUUACCAAGUUUCGUAACAUUUAGUGACAUAAGAAAAUUACAGUAUUGUUUACAGUUUGAACUUUGAUUCCAAGUUUGAGAUUUACUUAGGACAAAUUUAUUUGAAUUAAAGAGUUUUGAGAGUUAUUUCCAGUUUGAGCAAGUAUAGGAUAUUCUACUUAACAUAGAAUUAUAGGUAUAAAGACGUAAGUAAAGUAGCUUAAAUCUCAAAAUGCUCAAAUGAAGUAAAAAUAAUUUUCCCGCGCAAACUGAAUACCAAAUUUAUAAAGAGCACAUAAAGCCUGAACUCUCGAGACACACUUCAUAAAUUACAGUAUGACAGAUAAUCUUAGAUCAAUGGUUAUCAACCUUACAUUAUGUUCCGAGCAUUAAUUCCAGUUAUUAUGAAUGCUGGAAUGUCAUUGAUCUAUUGAAUCCCAUUUAGACAUUUGACAAUUAAAAUGAUCGUGAGGAAAUGAGAAGUGAAAACAUAGAGAUUCACACGCAAGAACUCAAUUUAAAAGUAAUAAACUAUCACGUACAUUUUAUAUCGAAUUUUUAAGCUUUAUUAAAAGAGAAAAAUGAAUUAAUAAAAAUAAAGAGUUAAAGAUGUAUAAGUCGGAAAUAAUUGAUUUAUUGACACAAACAUAACUGAAGUAGAUAAUUAUAAUAAGGAAUGAGAUAACUAAAUGCAUACAUAUCAU